AUGUCAAACAAACAACACGUUCUUACCACAUACAAACAGCUCAUAAGAGCCCUGGUUAAGUCUAGCAAACGUGCAAAGAUUACUCAAAUGAAAGAGGACCAUAAAAGAGAAAUCGCCCUCUUGACAUACCGAAAAAUUGGCCUGGUGAGACAACAAGCUUCGGAUCCAACAUCUUCAUCCAAGGGCCAAAACGUUCAUCAACUUCACGAUCUAACCAAGAGAAUACAAAUGCUCAAAUCAAGCGAUCCAAGCCAAAGAAAAGAUCUGCAUUUCUACGACAACUCUAGCCGUUUGAGACAAACAAUAUUUCAGGAUCUCCCCUCUGACGAGUCUGUCCUUAGCAAAAGGCUUCAGCAUUUAUCUGAUCUUUCUGGUUUUGUCAAGAACCAACUGGAAUAUGAGCAACUAGUCGAGAGAUACAACCCGGGCUUGAAAAUGGACCAGGAAGAAAAAGUCAAGAGAACUGCCGCUAGAGUCGGUCUACAAGUUCCCGAUUUAUGA